AUGGCCAUUUACUCCGGCAAAAAUGCGGUCAUCAUUGGCGGAAGCCAUGGUAUCGGCCUGGAAGUUGCUAAAGCACUGGUUUCCCAGGGUGCGAGAGUAGUCGUCUCCGGACGGCGCGCAGAACCGGUCGAAGCCGCAGCAAAGGAACUCAAUGAACUGGCCGUCGGGGCUGCUAUAGUUGUUCAAUCGGAUGUCACCUGCAUGAAGAGCCAUGCGGAACUCGAAGGUUUCGUCAAAGAGCAUCUCGCGGCCGAUGGAGCAGCAACCAUCGAUUUCCUCUUUAUCAACGCUGCCUACGCCAACCUUGUUCCGUUCAAGUCUGUUACCGAGGCGGAUUUCGACAAACAUUUCAACAACAACACCCGUGGGCCCUUUUUCAUCGCACAGCGGCUGGUACCGUAUAUCCGACCAGGUGGCUCCAUUGUGUUCACGGCAAGUGUAUCCAUCGGCACUGGGUAUCCAGGUAUGGCUGCAUACUCUGCAUCAAAGGCUGCCGUGUACUCCCUUGUGCAAACGCUUGCUGCUGAACUAGCUAGUGGGGGCAAUGGUAAAGAGGGUAUUCGGGUUAACGCAGUCAGUCCUGGCUUUGUUGACACUCCAACCAUGGGAAUAAUCGGUGCGACGAAGGAGGAUAGAGAGGCAUUUGCAAAGAUUGGAGCCCAGACGUCGCCAAUGGGCCGAAUCGCAAAGCCUACGGAAAUCGCCAAGGCUGUAUUAUUUUUGGGUUUCGAUGCCACAUACACUACCGGUAUCGAGUUUGUGGCCGAUGGAGGAUCUAGACAUUUGAGCAUUCAGCUCGAAGGUCACUGA